GUUCUGAACGCUGCCGGCUGUAAAGAACAAACAGUGGUUAAAUUCUCUUGGAGUGCAUAUUGCAAUUUACGGAAAGGCGAAACGACAGUCGAUUAAUUGUAUUAUUUAAAAUAGUUGAUGAAAUUCUUAUUUAUUGAAAAUAAUAGCAUUUUGUAAGACUCGGUGAGCCAACUAACAAAGCUAAGUGUUUUCAUUCGAAGAGUAGGUAUUGUUAUUUGUUUUUGUUGCCUUUAUAUUGGCUUCGGUUGGAAAUAAACAUCAUUUUUGUGUAGUUAACGAAAAUUUUGCUUGUAAAUUGUUGUGACUUUGUAAGGCAGGAUUUGUGGUUUAAGGAACAUAAUAUUACUUAAAAAUGAUUUGUUUUGUUGCCAUACGUAACCUCAAUGAAGAGGUUUUGUAAAUACGUAGAUUUCGUGCCCUAAAGUAAUUGCCACAUUUGUUACUACUAUCUGUUAUAUAUGAUUCAACGGGAGCAUCAAAUGAAUAACGGCUUUAGUACAGGAGAAGAAGAUUCUAGAGGUAAUUCCGAUCAAAUAUGUUGCCUUGUAGAUGACAUCGACCGAUGUCGACGACUUGCGGGUAACGCGUCCUAUAGCAAACGCAUUCAGAAAACCGUAGCGCAGAAGAGGCUUAAACUAAACAUUGAUAAUCAGGCAAGGCACACAUAUAUUUGUGAUUAUCACAAGACAAUGAUUCAGUGUGCAAGAACAAAGCAGAGGAGGAACAAAGACUCUGAGGAUGAUAGUAAUGAAGCUGAUAUUGAUUCACCUGAAGUGGACUGGUUUCAGCUCCAGGUGAACACUCUGAGGAGAUAUAAGAAACACUUUAAGAUACCUACAAGACCUGGGCUGAAUAAGGCACAACUUGCAGAUGCUGUUCAGAAGCAUUUCAAGUCCUUGCCGGUGAAUGAAAAAGAUAUAGUAACAUACUUUAUUUAUAUGGUUAAGACUAACGGUAAUAGGUUAGAUCACAAGAAUGGAAUGAAUUCGGACUUACUGUGAUCAAGUGGUGUUUAUGUAUGUACUGUGAUUUGUGUAGUUUAUAUUUAAAAACUUAAUCAACUAAUUUAUAUAUAUUCUAUAAAUAUUAUUUACAUACUAAUUGUCAAAUGAUUUUACGUAUUUGCAAAUACAUUAACAUUUUCAUAUUGGCCAGUUUAUCAUUUUGAAUUAAAUUAAUGAUUCUUAAAAGAUAUUAUUACAGUCAAUAUUAAAAUACAUCUUUUUAAAAUAAAAAACAAAUAAUUAUUAGUUAUUACUGAAACAAUGGUAUACAAUAAAUACCUUUAUUUAUUGUAUAUAAAAUAUUGUAUUUUAUAAUUAGGAACUUCUUAUUCUUACAUAUAGUAAUUUAGCUGUGUAUCUUUUUUUAUUGUUAUAAUUUAUUAAAUUAUUAUUUGACUUAUGUACCAUAAUUAUUAUAGAUACUAUAUUAAUAAAACUUCAUUAAAUCAAGAAUCCUUUUUAGAAGAAACAGGUAAAUUUAAUUCAUUAUGCUGACAUAACAUAACCUGAGUUCACAUGACUAGUUGAGGAAGGACCUGCACCGAGUAUAAGGCCCAGUAUCCACCAAAGUAGAGAGGAGAGGAGUUAUGAUAACCAAUCAGAUUUCGUUAUUUCCACACCUCUCCGCUUAGCUUUGGUUGAAAUGUAUCAAGCAGAGAGGAGAGGUCUCUAUUGUCUAUAGAAUAUUGUGUCGCGUCGAGCGAUUAAGAGGCGCAGCGGAGCGGAGAUGCGUGUAGGUAGGCGGCCUCCGCUUCCGCCCCUUUCCCCGCGCCUCCCACACCUGAAAGAGUUGUUAUAGGCACAGGUGACAUCUCUCCGCUUUGGUAGAAAUAACCUAACAGCCUUGCGGCCUGGCUCCUCUCUGCUUUGGUGGAUACUGGGCUUAAUAUUAAAAAAGCAGACUAGUUUUUCAAUCUUGGAUAACGAACUAGGAAUUCAGUAUUAACAAUAAUAUACUGUAUUCUUGUAUCAUUAUACUAAAUAAAGUUAGGACAGUACCAUUGCAAUGACUAAAGUAAUGAGUAACAACACAUUGUAAAAUACAUAAUAUAAUUAACUGAAUUCAUAAAAAAAAUUGACUUAAACAUUUUUUUCUGAGUCCAGUAAACAUAGAUUAUCUAUGGAUUAUAUUGUGUAACAUAUUUUUGUAUAUUUAUUUUAACUACUAUCUUAUAAACCGAUUAUGAGGUACAUAGUGGCAAAUGCAAUAAUUAUAUUCAUUCUAAAUUAUUCAUCUCUGUACUUUGAGUAUAUUUUAUUGUCUACAAAAAGAUGUAGAUGAGCUCGAGGUUGGAAAAGAAAUCGCGUACAUACCUAUUCAUUGCUAUUUAAUUAAACUAAUAACUGUCCUAUAGCUUGGAGAUUUUGUAUUCUUGAAGCCAGAGUUACAAGUUUGCUCUCUAGAAAAAGCAUUGUCUAUCUAAUAUAUAAAAUUCUCAUGUCACAGUGUUUGUAGUUAAUCUCCUUCGAAAUGGCUUGACCGAUUCUCAUUAAACUUUGAGUGCACAUUGGGUAGGUCUGAGAAUCGGACAACAUCUAUUUUUCAUCAUCAUCAUCAUUUCAUGUUAAGGGUGGUCCACACAAUUUUUUUUAAAUUUGUUUGAUUAUGAGUCAGCAUUAAAAAUACAUACAACUUCAAUUUUCUAGGUCAGCUAGUUACUUAUAAAAUGCAGGGAUUUUGUAGCACAAUGAACACUAAUCUCUUGACUUUUAGAUAAUCUGUCUAGAUAGUCUCUUGCUGUUGGACAACCAAUAAAAACAGAUGAGGUUUAAUACUUUAGUGUUUGUGACAAACUACAUCUUACACAUGCGAUUUGUAUCACACUUUGUUUAAGGGUGUGUGCAUUGUUCAAAAUAUAGGUUAGUUUUAAACUUUUUUCGUCAUUUUCACAGCUGACAUAGUCUAUCUAGAUGUAGGAAUGAUCUAAGUCUCUUGAUUAACACACUAUUUAAAGUAGUACCUACCUGUAUGUAUUAAGGAAUGUUCUAGCUAGCUACAUAUUAGUGAGUGUUCAAAUACCAAUGUCUUAUAAAAUCUCUCAUUGAUAUUAAAAUUUGGUACAUUUAAUCAAUAAAACUCAAGCAAUUAUCAAUCAA